AUUUAAUUCCUUUUCUGGUCUUCACUCGUACUUGUUGUCAGCUAGCCACCAGAGUGUUUUGUGUUAAAAAAGUGUGUGAUUUAAAGGAAUAAGUGUGAUAUUAGUGUGUUGAUACCAAAUGAGAAAGUCUAGUGAUAUUAAAGUUUACGAUUUCAAGUUACUAACCCUUAAAAUCAAGAGAUGAAGUAUCAAAUUCUAUGUCUGUGCGUUUUGGCAUUGUGGAACAUUGAGCUUGUGAAAUGCUACUCGCCGUUGGCAUCAUUUGUACCGCCAUUUAUAAAAAACAGAUUUGCAUCAAAUAAUCCACCAGUACCGAAUGCAGAAAAAGACUUUCAGGACAACUACAACAAAUUGUUCAAUCAAAACAACGCUCAAGCGCAGAACUCACAGCAAGCAUUAGCGGUAGUUCCUGCUAAUGAUGUGACGGUUAGAUCGCAAGUCGAUAAUAAUGUAUACUUCCAAAAGAAACCAACUCAAAACCCUCAGCCAAACUAUGAACCAGCAAGCAAUCAACGACCUAUUAGUACUCCAACUAAUAAUGACCAAAACAUUCGACAGCCGAAUAACGAACCAACAGUACUUGGCUUAAACAAUGGUCAGAACUUUCCAAAUGGUUUCCCGAAUUAUGGCCUCACGAGCAAUAAUCAACAUAUAAAUGGCCAAUACGACAACAACGGCCAACCAAACUAUGGCCAGUCGAACUCUCAGACAAAUAACGGACAGAAAUUCGUUCCGACUAAAACACAAACUGCAAAUAGUCAACUAACCAAUGGCGAAUACUACACUGGACCAUCAAGUUAUGACCCACCGAUUAAUGGCCCAUCAGUAGGAGUGGCACAAAAUGGAAAACCGUAUUCUGAUGAAAGAGUGACCUUCCAAGAGGGUGUAGACACUCAGCAGAGGGUGGGGUUCGUGUCCAGCCCUGGGGCCCCGCCUCAGUCCCAAUACGCUGGUCUGCCGCCCGCCGCGCUGCCACCAGCACUACAAGAAUACAGCAAAAUGUCACUUACGAUGACGAACUUCGGCCUCAAUCUUUUGAAGAAUCUAGCUCACCCAGGCAACGUGGUGGUCUCUCCCUACUCGAUAGCGGUCUGCCUGGCGCUGCUGCAGCAGGGUGCUCGAGGGGACGCCGAGUACCAGAUCUCCAGGGUCAUAGGCAUGCGGGCCGACGAGGCGGCCUACUCGUACAAACGACUUACUGAUACUGUCAAGAACCGCUCUUCGAAGAACAUCUUUCAGGUCGCCACCAGCAUCUUCACUGCUAUGAAUGCGUUCCAAUUAAAUCAGAACUUCAGUAAUGUAGCGAAGCAAAACUUCGACUCCGAAGUAAACCCGAUCAACUUCGAGCGACCUGCUUAUGCAGUCAGUAGAAUCAACUCUUGGGUAGCUGUGAAAACAAAGAACUUUAUCAAGCAACUAUUGUCAACAGACAGUAUAUCCGCUGCCACGCAACUGGUGUUGGCUAAUGCGGUAUACUUCAAGGGGACGUGGCAGACGCGCUUCAGCUCAGAAAUGACCCAGCCCAUGGAAUUCUAUUUGGAAAAUGGUCAGAGGAAAAUGGUGCCGUUCAUGAGACAGAUAACGAACUUCCAGGCUGGUUUGGAUAAAUAUAUUGGGGCACAAGUUGUUGUUAUGCCGUUUGAGGGAGCUCAGUAUUCGCUGAUGUUAAUUCUACCGGAAGGAGGGUCUUCUUUGGACACAGUUUUAUCCAAAAUUGACGAAGUUAGACUGCUGGAGUACUCUAAACUCGAAUCCAGAGAAGUAAGGAUGUUCCUGCCCAGGUUCACAAUACGAACAGACACACAGCUUCGGAAUGUCUUACAAAAGAUGGGCCUGACAAGGAUAUUCGAAGCAAGGUCGGACCUAUCCGGGAUAGAGGCAACUGGCACGCAAACCCCGAAAGUAUCUACAGCCGUCCAUACUGCAGUAUUGAGUAUAGACGAGCAAGGAGGCACAGCUGCCGCAGCCACGGGUUUUGCUGCUGUGGCCUUGUCGGGUGAUGAUGACACGAUAUACUUCAAGGCUGACCGACCGUUCCUGGCUAUUCUAUGGGAUAGCCAACAAGCCGUCCCGCUGUUUCUGACAAAGAUUAAAGAUCCAUCGUAAAGCAUCCAGCAGGUUGAGCUUCACAUCAGAUACCUAUUGGAGACAAGGACAAUAUAAAUUUGACUAAGGUUAAUGUUUAAGUGUUGAAUUGAUAGUAAUUCUUAGAAGUGAUAUUAAAAUACUCAACAUGGUCCAGAAAAUGAAA